AUGGACACGACCCCAUCCAUAGUUCAUAAUCGCGAAGUUGCAGCCCUCUUUAGCACGCUUGCUGGCGAAAUUUGUAGUUAUCACGAUAUUGGUGAUUCUGGGACUCUGGAAAUCACUUUCUGCAAUCGCGAUGCAGCAACGAAGGCGUUGUGUAUGAACGGGUACACCGUUGCUGGUGCCGCACUCUCUGUAACGCCGGUCAAUGCAGCCUCUUUAGCCGAUACAAAACAAAACUCAGACGACCGCAGAAACCUCUAUGUGCUUGGUCUUCCGUUCGCCUUGACAAAGAACGAAUUGGCCUCGCUCUUUUCUCGAUUUGGCACCGUUUCACAUUGCGUGAUCCUAGCGACGGUCGAUAACUCGUCGAGACGCCGGGGCUUCGUCGUGAUGUCGACUCAUGCUGAAGCAAAGCAAGCUUUAAUUGCCCUGACCCGCACGCAGCUCAAAGGUCACACUAUUGACGUAUCGUGGGCGGUUGUUCAGCGUUCUCAAGGCUUUCUCGAUGGUGGAGAUCGCGCGAUGUUACUAGAUGCUCGGUCUCAUGUCCAUCCUUCAGGUGCCAGUCAUCAUGACAGGCGAAGCUUUCCCUCGUCCGACUACUCUGACUCGUCGAGUGGCUCCAACGAACCGGAUCCUGCAACAUUGAAGACUACUUCUAUGCCGACGUCUUCUCUGCUGGUUAUCAACCUGCCGACCUUGCUCUUCUCCCAAAUUCAAGACCUUCAUCCGCUCUUUUACCCCUUCGGUCCUAUUGAGAAGCUUGAAAUCGUCCAUAUUCUGCCCUCAGGAACGAUGUCUGUGAUUGUCCGAUAUACAACGUCUACGAUUGCCCAGGAAGCGAAAGAGGCCCUCCACGGACAACGUUACGGUAUCAAUCAACUUGAAGUCCGUUUCGUUCAGACUUCCGCGACGGUCGUAAACUGCGAUCCGUCUUGUGAUUUCAUUCCAAGUGCAAAGGAUCCAGCUGCUUACUUGCAUUCCAAUCCCCGGACUCACGCUCAUUUCUUGCUGGGACCCACUGCUUCUUCGUUUCAACAUGACAAUCAGAAAACCUGUGGCUUCUCACGCUUUGGGCUCAUGCACGAAUCUCUUUUCUCUUCACCCGCGUCACCCCCGUCCUUCUCUGUGCUUCGCGAUCACAAUAGCUCUCGGCCAUGCUUGACUAACUCCAGGAAAGUCGCAAUCUGUGGUUGUAAAGUGUGGUCAGGCUCACCUUGUUCGUUUCGCAGGUGGAGCGCAGAUUCCCUUCAGCGAAACCAAGGUUUUGCGGUAGGUCGUUAUCCGGCUUUUGCAGAGGAGGCGUUCUUUACAGGCUAUAGCGAUGAAAACUUUCCUGCUUGA